GCGCGGGUGUGUCAGUGGAAAAGCAGAAACAUCAGACUUGCAAACAUGGCGACGAUCGUGCCCAAGGAUGGCUUUGAUGCCGAGGAACUCUGCGAGGGUCUGCGCAAGGCCAUGAAAGGCUUUGGCACUGAUGAGAAGGCCAUUAUUGAGAUUCUUUGCAGCGUGGAUAAUGCGCAGCGCCAGGAGCUCAAGCACAAGUUCAAGGGCACGGGCACCGACGAGGCUCAAAUCACUGAGAUUCUGGCCUCCCGCAGCAAUGAAGAAAUCGCGGCCAUUGUCGAGAGCUACAAGGAACAGUACAAUCGCACGCUUGAAGAGGACAUCUCCUCUGAAAACGGGGGCCAUCUCAAGCGCAUCUACAUCUCACUCCUGCAGGGCGCACGCCCGGACGACGACGGUGAUGAGGCCCAAGCUGUGGACGACGCCAAGGUGCUCUUUGAAGCUGGCGAGAAGAGCUGGGGAACGGAUGAGAGCGAGUUUAACCGCAUCUUCAUGACGCGCUCGCCCAAGCAUCUGGCUUUGGUUGCCGAAGAGUACAAGAAACUGAGCGAUUACACCCUGCGCCGCGCUGUGGAGAAGGAGAUGAGCGGCAACUUUGAGUUUGCGAUGGUCACUCUGAUCCAAACAGCCGUGGAUAUGCCUGGCUACUUUGCUGAGCGCAUCCACCGUGCUGUCGAUGGCAUGGGCACAGCCGAUCAAGAUCUGAUUCGCGUCUUUGUCACCCGUUCGGAAAAGGAUCUGGCCAUUGUUGACGAGCGCUACAAGGACAUGUAUGGCAAAGGCCUGGCUCCCACGAUCAAGGACGAAAUUGGCGGCGACUACAAGCGUCUCCUUUUGCACAUUCUCAAGGCCGAGUAAUCUUUGGGCGAGCAAGCCCAAUACCACCUCUUGACCCACAGUUUAUUGUCUUCCCCGCUGCCACAAGAGCAGCCCCCAGCUUUUUUCCAAUCCAGUCGUCAAA